UAGAAGAAGAGGUGGACAUAGACCUUUGUCGCCAAGCUUAACCCAUUAGAUCCAUACAAAGCUAAAGCGUACUAAUUAGUGAACUAAGGCUAGUGACUCAUUACCAACUAAGGUUAUUUCAAUUUUCUUCUAUUUUUCUUUGGCAAAGAGUUUAUCGUGGGAAAUAAACAGAGGCAAAAGGGAGUGAUUAAACAAUUAAUUAGUGGUUAAUUAAGGGAGAUCAAGAUCAUAAUGGUGAGGCCUCCUUGUUGUGACAAAGGAGGAGUGAAGAAAGGGCCAUGGACUCCUGAAGAAGAUAUCAUUUUAGUUACUUACAUCCAAGAACAUGGUCCUGGUAACUGGAGAGCUGUUCCCACCAAUACUGGGUUGCUUAGAUGCAGCAAGAGUUGUAGACUUAGAUGGACAAACUAUUUAAGGCCAGGAAUCAAAAGAGGUAACUUCACAGAACAUGAAGAAAAGAUGAUUGUACAUCUCCAAGCCCUCUUAGGAAAUAGAUGGGCUGCAAUUGCGUCAUAUCUUCCACAAAGGACAGACAAUGACAUUAAGAACUAUUGGAACACUCAUUUGAAGAAGAAACUUAACAAAGUCAAUCAAGAUUCUCAUCUAGAACUUGACCGUUCCUCGCUAUCAUCUUCACCGUCGUCUUCUUCUGCUAAUUCCAACUCAAACAUCUCAAGAGGCCAAUGGGAAAGGCGACUUCAAACGGACAUCCAUUUGGCGAAAAAGGCUCUCUCUGAGGCUCUAUCUCCUGCCGUAGCACCAAUCAUCACUUCUACAGUGACAACAACAUCUUCUGCUGAAUCAAGACGCUCUACAUCCUCUGCUUCCGGGUUUCUUAGGACGCAAGAAACAUCUACCACUUAUGCCUCGAGUACCGAAAACAUAGCGAAAUUGCUCAAAGGGUGGGUGAAAAACUCGCCGAAGACUCAUAACUCCGCGGAUCAAAUAACAUGUACAGAUUCUGAGGUAAAGGAAGGGAUCAAGAGUGAUGAUGUGAAAGACUGUACAGGGGCCUUACAGUCAUUUUCUGAGUUUGAUCACUCAUAUCAACAUGCUGGAGUUUCACCUGAUCAUGAGACCAAACAAGACAUAACUGGAUGCAGUAACCAAAGUCAAUGGUCUUUGUUUGAGAAGUGGUUGUUUGAGGAUUCUGGUGGACAGAUUGGUGAUAUUCUGUUGGAUGAAAACACUAAUUUCUUCUGAAGAGUUUGUUUAAUCAAAUGGUUCUAAUUUUAGGAUCUUCAACUCUAUUUUCUUUUUUUUUUGGGUUCUCCGAAUUAACUCGCUUAGAUUAUCGUAAGAUAAAUCAUUAAUAGUUUUAUUUAUAUUUCCUCGUUAAUUACAAUUAACGAUGGGGUUGUUUUUCUAAUGGCCAGUGAAUUCCCAAGGGGCCUCAUGUAUGCCCACCCAAUGAUUUUAGUGUUGGUGUAAAA